CGUAUAGUUGUCAGGCGUGUCAAACAGCAUCAUCAUUAGGAGGAAAGGGAACGCCCUGCAGCCUCUCUUCCUCAUCAUCCAUCCACCGCGGCGGUGUCACAUGAGAGGACAAGCACCGUGGACAAGAUGGAUGACACGUCCUUUUAAGACAACAUGUCUUCCUUUUGAGACCAAUAACCCACGAUAGACAUGCUGCUUUCCUCCGCCAUCUUCCUCUUCGUCAUCCUGCAGACCUGCCCCGCCUCCGCCGACCGGAGGUUCGGUUGUUUGUUCGAGAGGAACCUCUGUACGCUGUACGAGAUCUGUGUCAAUGAUGGGAUGUUCGGUAGGUGUCACUCUCUCCCGAUGGAGGAGGUUUACUCCUAUGACGUCACUCUGCCUGUGGUUCAACACUUUAGACUGCUGCUCGACCAGAUGGCAAACCGAGGUCUGACAUGGGAGGAUGACACCACCCAGCAGGUUCUGGCCAAAGAAUUGUACAAAAUCCGUAGGGUUCCUCACCGGCUGUCACUGAGCGGAGCCACCUACAAAACAGACAGCAGGACACAAGCAGCGGUGAUGGACCCAGUGGAACAGAGACUAAAACCAGCAGAGACGGAGCUUGACAGGAACCUGCAGACGUACCUUCAACACCUCGGACUCCUCCCAAAAACAAGCGGCACUGAAGGCCUGAUUGUUGCUAGCAAGGACGGUCGAAUGCAGUCAGACCCGACCAUUCAGAAGACAUCGUCCUCUCUCAAAGUGAAGCAGAACCUUUCAGCUGAGGAGCUUCAAGUCCUUCUAAACGUCCUCAGGCAGCUUCUCUCCCGGCACCCCGACCCCUCGCCCCGCUUAAGGCCCAUCUACAGCUACGGAACAGAAAGUUCUGUGCCCAAGACCUUGAAAUCCAGACCCAAUAAUUUGGACAAAAGUAAAGGAUCUUCACCCAAGGAGCCGCUGACAUUAGUUGACGAGAAGUUCAUCCAGAAUGUCUUAAGGAACAUCGGCAAGCAGCACCUGGACGUGGACAACCUGUCGCCGCACGACGUAGACCAGCUGUCCAACCUGAUUGUGGACGCUUUGCAAGUAGUAGACAACGGCCGGGGUGGAGAUCGGGUACGGGUCCAACCUGGACCACGAGACUUGGAAGGAGAGUUGAGUGACGGACAAGAAAGAAAGGAGGAGGCGGUCAGAGACGAUGAUGAGAAGUUCAUAGAAGAAACUCCAACUGUUAAGAUCACACUUGCUGAUGCCCCUCAAGAAGUCCACUCACUGACUGACAACAACAACAUGGAGGACAAGGAUGAGAGUCCAAACGUGUUCAGCAAACUUCUGGCCUACUUGGACCAAAGUCCCUUCACGGCCCCACCUUCUCCUAGGCCGCAGAGAAGGGCGGGGCUCGAGAACGUCCAGAGCCGCACCCGCGAGGUGGGCGUAGCGGUGGAGAAGAAGGACACCACCCAAUCCGUGGAGGAGGUGUCGGAGGUGGAGGGCUGGGUCAAGGAGGUGGCCCCGCCCCUUGCGGCGCUGAAAUACGAGGUGGCGCAUAAGAAGAUGCUGAGCGUCCCUGAGCUCCAGCUGGAUGUCAACGCAGACAGAAAGAAGGCGGAUGACAUCUUUGGCUAUGUCAUUACUGACACGGACGGCCUGCAGACCGAUGAAGGUCUGCACAUGAUGGAGAUCCUGGCUCACAUGGCCAGAAUCCAAAUGACCGACUUUGCUGAGCUUUCGGUGGUGGGCCCGGCGGUGACCUUUAAAGUGAGUCCAAACCGUCAAAACGUCAGCACUGCAGAUGUGGUCCACGUGGCAGUUGAUCAGAAAGCGUCGCUGGAAAAGGAAGCCAAGCUCAGCAUCCUGGAGGCGGGAGUCGCAGACGGGAACCACAUCAACCAGAUCCCCACCAAGUACAGCCAGGCUGAGUCCACCAAGUACCUGGUCCUCACCGUGGUGUCCAUCCUGUGCAUCGUGGGCGUGCUGCUGGCCUCCACCGUGGUCUACUGCCUCCGCCAUCGCUCGCACCACAAGCUGAAGGAGAAGCUAACCAACCUGGGCGCAGACACCAGCGGGGAUGCCACCGCCACCUAUCAGGACCUGUGUCGACAACGCAUGGCGGUCAAACCUCAGGCUGAGCGCCGCCCCGAGCCCGCCUCCUCAAGGAUCAACAGCGUGUCGUCUCAGUUCAGCGAUGGCGGCGCGGCCGUCAGCCCAUCGGCUCGAAGCAGCCUGUCGUCGUGGAGCGAGGAGCCCGCCCAUCCCAACAUGGACAUCUCCACUGGUCACAUGAUUUUGUCCUACAUGGAGGAUCACCUGAAGAACAAGGACCGACUAGAGAAGGAGUGGGAGGCGUUGUGUGCUUACCAGGCAGAACCCAACACUAGCACCACGGGCCUGAAGGACGGCAACGCCAAGAAGAACCGCUCUGCUGCUGUGGUUGCUUAUGAUCAUUCUAGAAUCACCUUGAGGCUGGAGAACAGUCAAGGCAACUCUGACUACAUCAACGCCAGCCCCAUUAUGGAUCACGACCCCAGGAACCCCGCCUACAUCGCCACGCAGGGCCCGUUGCCGUCUACUGUGGCCGACUUCUGGCAGAUGGUUUGGGAGAAUGGCUGCGUGGUCAUCGUCAUGCUGACGCCGCUGGUGGAGAGCGGCGUGAAGCAGUGCUACCACUACUGGCCUGACGAGGGCUCCAACCUUUACCACAUCUACGAGGUCAACCUGGUGUCAGAACACAUCUGGUGCGAUGACUUCCUGGUUCGUAGUUUCUACCUAAAGAACAUGCAGACAAACGAGACGCGGACCAUCACCCAGUUCCACUUCCUGACCUGGCUCAACCAGAACGUCCCCGAGACCAGCCGGACCCUCCUGGACUUCCGCAGGAAGGUGAACAAGUGUUACCGCGGGCGUUCCUGUCCCGUCAUCGUGCACUGCAGUGACGGCGCUGGAAGGACAGGGACGUACAUUUUAAUCGACAUGGUCCUCAAUAAGAUGGCUAAAGGUGCCAAGGAGAUUGAUAUUGCAGCUACCCUGGAACACCUAAGAGACCAGAGGCCCGGUAUGGUGCAGACCAAGGAUCAGUUUGAGUUUGUGUUGACCACGGUCGCUGAAGAAGUGAAUGCCAUCUUGAAAGCUCUUCCUCAGUAGGAUGGAUGAAGGACAAGACGUUCUACUGCUGUCUCAUCCACUAGUGGACAUCUUGUCCCGCUAACCUUCUCCUUGUUUUCUGUGUCUCAUGUCCUCGCUGUAUUUCCUUUUUUUCCUCCUCAUCUCCUCUCCACCUUGUGAUGAGCAGAGUGAGCGUAAAAAUAUAUAUUUUAUUUGGCCGAGUGACGUUUAAUAUGUGAAUGGAUUGUUUUUGUUUCAAAAUUAGCUUCUAAAAAGGCUGCACAUCGUCAGUAUGAUAAGGACCAUUCCACCGAAUCUGUGCCAUCUGCAUCCCCAGGAAAUAAAAUAAGUAGACAGUGUUUCCCAUAAACUGCCAAGUUACUUGUGGCGGCGGGGGCGUGGCUAUGGGCGUGGUCACCAUGACAUCAUCGAGUAAUUUGCCUAAUUUACUACAAUGAUAUGAUUUUCUCUAAAAAGGCUCAAAAAAUGUAUACUUACUAAUUAAUAAUAACAGUUUUGUUUUAAACAUCCAUCCAUCCAUCCAUUUUACAAUAUAAUUACAACACUUUAUGUACAUAUUUAUAUACAGAUUUAAACAAUAAGUUAUUCACUGAAAUAUAUUUAUUAAUUGUGGUUCUUACAAAAAAUAUAUCUUAUAAAAAUAUAAAAGCUAAAAUGUCUCUUAAAGCUCUGCCCCUUUAAUUAGUGCAUACUAAAUAAUUUAACUUUAGCCUACUACUACAACCAUAUUAUUUACCAGCAACAUAAAGUGAAACAGAGGCAGAGGUGUCCUGCCACAGUCAGUAACAAAUAAACAGAAAACAGUAGUGGUGGCAGAUAGACACAAAGCUUCAUCAAACAUGUGAUCCACUGAACAAAGAGCUCCAAAAAUCUUGAUCCUACACUUCUCUUUUGUAAAGUAAAUCUGAACAGCCGAUAUGGGCAUCUACAUCAACUGUAUGAUUUGCCUGUGAAGCUGGACAGGACAAAAAAAUAAAUAAAAAAAUAAAAAAAUCUAUUGGUGGCGGCCUUAAUUAUUUCGUGGCGGGCCGCCACAAAUAAAUGAAUGUGUGGGAAACACUGGUAGAUGAUAAAAUUAGCUGUAAAAUAAAAAUAUAUAUAUUAAUCGGAGUGUCUUGCACAUUGCAUUUUUUAAUAGAUACAAUUGAAAAAAACCGCAUACAUGUCUUAAAAUCAGUCUACCCCAGGGCAGCUGUGGCUACAAAUGUAGCUUACCACCACCAGGUGUGAAUGAAUGAUGGGUUCCCACUUCUCUGAGCACUUUGAGUAUCUAAUAAUAGAAAAGCGCGAAACAGAAUCUAAUCCAUUAUUAUUAUUAUUAUUAUUUAAAAAAAUGUAACUUAACUAAUCAUUAAAAUACCUCAGAAAUGUGAUAUUUUUUACAUGGGUGUUUUAGUCCGUAUGCCUUAUUCUUUUUUUAUUUAAAACAAAAGUACAUUUUAUAAUUGCCAUUUACCCAAUUCAUUUUAAUUUCAGGUGAAAUUUAAUGAGUUUUUCAAUCCAGCAGAUGGUGCCAUUAUAAAACAUCAACACAAUAUCAGUGCCGUGUCAAUACGGGUAGUGAGUGUGCCAAACUCACUGAAACAUCACCGCUACUAAAAACAUACUUGAAGUUCCUGUUACUCAAGUGGUUGAUUUAUCUUUGAGCCAGUUAACAAGCACAGAUUUGGUAGAAUGUCCUUUACGCUAUUAAGGUCAAUAAAAAGAAGCUGGUGGCAAAUAUUCCAUCUUUAUGUGGCUGUAAGUCAGUGAGCGAAGGUUUGGCGUCCCAAGUUUGAUGUUUGUUUUUUUAUUUCUUUGACAUUUCUGUCCUUUUGUUCAACAGCAGUCUAACAGGGCGCCCUUAGUGUGCUUUAAAAUCAAUAGUGAGGCCAUAAACACACAAAGCGGCCCCCCAGGGAGGAAUAAAAAAGCGAAGGUUUAUUUGUUUGGGUUUUAAUGCCUCAAAGGUCCUGAUGAAGUCCAGUCUAGAGGAUUGGUACUGAGCAGCUCCUCUUCUAUGUAGGAUUGAAGACUAACUUGUACUUGUAGACUAGCAGGAACUAGCUUGCUUGAAUCCAACAAGUUGUUGCAUGUUCAGCCAGUUUAUUUGAUUGAAUGUGUUGGUAGACUAGUUACGAACAUGAAGUCUUUAUUAGCACACAAUCGUGCUGCAAAAGCUGUGUAAUCAAAAUCAAUAGAAGCAUGAGGUGUUUUGUGUAAGCAACAUUUUUGGACUAUUUCUUGAUUUUAAACAUGAGGCGUCUCCGAACUUGUGCGGUUUCUUUUUUUUUUUCCCAUUGCAUUUCUGAAGCAGCUUUUUGCUUGAAUUAUGCAUACAUCUUGGUUUUCUGUUUUUGCUUAUAGCUGAGCAGAGUGCACAGUAGUUAUUUUAAUGUUGUUUUUUUCCAGUGCUAACUUGUGCAUGGCAAGCAGUCCAAUUAAUAUACAUAAACCUUUAUCUACUAUUGUAUGAUGAUAAAGUUUUAGUCAGUGUGCAACAAGUUCUAAAAAGCUACACACACAUGAAUACAUUGUACAGAAAACCGAGAAGCUAUUUUGUUCUAUUGGUGUUAUUAUAUUGUCAAUAAAGUUGUAUUGUCAAAACAGAAAA